UCGCCGAAGCGCGCGUAAUUCCAAGAAAAACUCACGUUGCGCCGAGCUGGAUUGUCGCCGCUAUCACGCUAUCACGCUAUCGGGCUGAGAGUCGCAAACUUCCGUCGGAACGGGAAUCGGAAAUCGCAUGUGGCAGACUUCUUUCUUGUUGACGCGGUGGAGCCCUUCGGCCACUUCGCAUGUGAUAGCCAGUUUGAUUGUGCAGUGCAACAUCGAUUUAGUUAAUAAGUUAUUCUAUAAGCAGUUGGAUUUGGACAAUUCGGACAAAUAUGGAUAUGUCUAGCGCCAACUCCCUGCGGCCACUAUUUUCGGGCUAUCCCUUUCAAGGACAAGGUCGUGUUAACCAACUCGGAGGAGUCUUUAUCAAUGGUCGACCGCUGCCCAAUCACAUUCGCCUGAAGAUCGUGGAAAUGGCGGCCAGCGGAGUUCGUCCCUGUGUGAUUUCCCGCCAGUUGCGCGUCUCCCAUGGAUGUGUGUCGAAGAUUCUAAACCGUUAUCAGGAGACGGGCUCGAUUAGGCCCGGGGUCAUAGGCGGAUCGAAGCCCAAGGUGACCUCGCCCGAGAUCGAGACACGAAUCGAUGAGCUGCGAAAGGAGAAUCCCGGCAUAUUCAGCUGGGAGAUACGAGAGAAGCUGAUCAAGGAGGGCUUCGCGGAUCCACCAUCAACGUCGUCCAUCAGCCGCCUGUUGAGGGGAAACGAUCGCGGCAGCGAAGACGGUCGCAAGGACUACACCAUACACGGAAUACUUGGCGGCCGCGAUUCGGAUAUUAGUGACACGGAGUCUGAGCCUGGGAUUCCGCUGAAACGCAAGCAGCGACGUUCCCGCACCACCUUCACCGCUGAGCAACUGGAGGCCCUGGAAAGGGCCUUUGCUCGCACGCAGUAUCCGGACGUUUACACCAGGGAGGAGCUGGCCCAAACCACAGCCCUGACUGAGGCCCGCAUCCAAGUCUGGUUCUCCAAUCGAAGGGCUCGUCUGCGCAAGCAUUCUGGCGGAUCAAGUUCCGGUCUUUCGCCAAUGAACAGUGGCAGUGCCAGUGUGGGAGUUGGAGUUGGAGUGGGUGUUGGUCCUAGCGGAGCUACGGCUCCCCUCGGUUUCGGUCCUCUCGGCGUUGGCUCAAUGGCCGGCUACAGUCCGGCUGCAGGGACCACCGCCAAUGGGGCAAGCCUUAACGAUGGGGUUCAUCAUUCCGCUCAUGCCCCAAGCUCACACCACAGUGCAGCAGCUGCAGCGGCGGCGGCGCAUCAUCACACGCAAAUGGGUGGCUACGACCUGGUCCAAAGUGCGGCCCAGCACGGAUUCCCUGGAGGUUUUGCACAGCCCGGACACUUUGCCAGUCAAAACUACUAUCACCAAGACUACUCCAAGCUGUCCAUCGAUGACUUCUCCAAGCUAACCGCCGAUAGCGUAUCAAAGAUCUCGCCUUCCUUGCACUUAAGCGACAACUACUCGAAGCUGGAAUCGCCCUCGAAUUGGUCGCAGGCCGCAUACCAUCUCAACCAGUCGGCUGUGGCGGCAGCCAACUAUAAUGCCCACGUGGCCCAACACCAGCUCAACGAUUAUGCCGCAGCAGCGGCGCAUGGGAAUGCAGCAGCGGCCGCUGCAUACAAUCACCCGUUGCCGGCGCAGGGUCAGGCCAAGUACUGGUCAUGAGUUAAUGGAUCCGCCGGUGACGACACUCCGACGAACCGAACCCCAUUCGACUCCGACUUUCGUGUCAGUUUUAUGCAUUUCAAUUAUCAGAGGCAGAGGCACAUGUAAGCGUUAGACAACUAUUUAUACAAUGCACCGUGAACGUGAAUAUGGAAAAUAUUGGCUUGGCUAUAAUUUAGGAUUAGUCCGCUUACUACAUGUGAAUUACAUGGCUUUUAGAGGCGCAUUAAGGCUGGUAACGUGUUUCUAUUUAAGCAGUCUAUACACAUAGAUAUACAUAUUUAUUUUUAUACUCUAAACGUGACGCGAUAUUGUUCAACAUAAA